AAGUUGAAUUAGUGCCACCAAAACAGCUGACGAAGUUCCCUGGACGUCCGGUAUGAAGCACAAAAAGUGGCAAUUUUGGCUGGAAAUACCGUGAAAAUUGAGGCAAAAGUAUACGCAUUGGACGUGGCAGUUUAGUAGGUGGCCCAGGGAGUUGGUUGUGAGAUCGAGAUGUGGCUGCUAAAGUGGAUUUUUGGUGUUUGUCUCCUCCUCGUGGCAGCGGAGGCACGUCUGCUGGAGGGAUUGUACUGUGGCAAAGAGAACUGCUACGAUGUCCUCAACGUUACGCGGGAUGCAUCAAAGCAGGAAAUUGCCAAGAACUACAGGCAAUUGGCAAAGAAGUACCAUCCAGACUUGCAUCGGGAGGAAGAGGCAAAGAAGGAGGCGUCCGAGAAGUUCAAAGCAAUUGCCACGGCGUAUGAAAUUCUACGAGAUGACGGUGCCCGGACGGACUAUGACUACAUGCUGGACAAUCCACAUGAGUACUAUGCUCACUACUAUCGCUACUACCGGAGGCGCGUGGCCCCCAAGGUGGAUGUCAGGCUGGUUAUUUUCGUGACAAUCACCGUAAUCUCACUCAUCCAGUACUUUAGCUGGUGGCAGAGAUACGAAUCGGCAAUAAAGUAUUUCAUGACUGUGCCAAAGUACCGGCAUAAGGCCAUGGAGAUUGCACAGCAGCAGCAGGAUGGUAGUCGCAAUGCUGGGAAAAAGACUGGGAAGCAGCGUCUCUCCAAGACAGAACAAAAAGAAGAAGCAGACAAACUCAUUCGGAAGAUAAUUGAGGAGAACAUGGACAUCCAGGGUGCCUAUGCUAAGCCAAGUAUUUGGGAUGUCCUGUGGGUGCAGCUCAUCAUAUCACCGUACACCAUCACAAAGUGGGUGGUGUGGAAUAUUCGUUGGUUCUGGAAAUUCAUCAUCCUCCGCCAACCGUAUGGGGAUGAGGAGAAGUAUUUCAUCAUAAGGAAGUACAUGAAAAUGGGUCAGCACAAAUUCAAUGCCAUCGAUGAUGUCACAAAGAAGGAGUAUCUGGACUUGGAGCUCUGGAAGCGCGAUAACUUCAAUCAGUGGAAGUUUGAGCAGGAGGAAGCAAUGAAGAAAGAACUUGCCCAGAAGGCCUCCUACCGUUCCAUAAGGCGAUACAUGAAAUCGCACGGUCCCGGAAGAAUAACAUUCGAAGACUAAUUUUCCAUGUGCCCUCAAUUUUUUUUAAAUAUAAAUCGCACCUGUUUCCUUAAUUUAUAAACACUCUCCAGUUAUUUGCUGGAGUGAUAAAUACAUGAAAGAGUUUAUCGUUUGGAAAACGAA